AUGGAUCUCUUGAAAAUCGAGCUCUUGCAUGUACCCAAACUUCCUACCAGUCCAUUGUUUCUCUCUCUCGAUCUCCUUUUCACCCUUUUAAUUUGGCUCAAACUAGCAAAAGGGAAACACCUCAAUUUGCCUCCAUCACCCCCAAAGCUACCUAUUAUUGGCAAUAUUCAUCAACUUGGCAAACUUCCCCACCGUUCUCUUCGAGACCUCUCAAGGAACUAUGGUUCUCUCUUGCUUCUGCAAUUGGGUUGUAAUCCAACGUUACUGGUUUCAUCAGCCGACAUGGUUAGAGAAAUUCUAAAAGACCAUGACGUUGUUUUCUCCGACAGACCAAGUUCCACUGCAACAAAUAUCUUGUUUUAUGGAUGCAGGGAUAUGGCUUUUGCAUCCUAUGGUGAGUACUGGAGACAACAAAAGAAGCUCAGUGUUGUUGAGCUUCUUAGCCACCGAAGAGUACACUCAUUUCAGUUUGUCAGAGAUGAAGAAGUUGAACUUCUUAUCAACAAAAUCCGCCGUGCUUGUCUUAAAGGAGAGUCUAUUAAUCUCUCAGAGAUGCUUAUGUUGGUUUCUAGCAACAUAGUUUCUCGUUGUGUUAUUAGUCGAAGAAUUGAAGAAGAAGAAGAAGAUGGGUGCUGCAAGUUCGGGCAGUUGGCAAAAAGUACGGUGGUUCUCCUCACAAGUUUCUGUGUAGGGGAUUUGUUUCCUUACCUGAGGUGGGUCGAUGUGCUUACGGGAUAUAUUCCACGUUUGAAAGCAUUAUUUGGAGAACUGGAUUCAUUUUUUGAUCAGAUUAUUAAGGAGCAUACAACAUUGAAAACUGAUGACCAAGUUUCCAAUAAGGACUUCAUUUCUAUAAUUAUGCAGCUCCAAAAUGAUGGCAUGCUUGAGAUUGAUCUCACUAACAUCAAAGCAAUCUUACUGGUUAUUCAACACCCUCUCCUUCCUAGGACAUGUUCGUCGCAGGGACGGAUACCACUGGAGCGACGACAGAAUGGAUGAUGGCUGAACUCCUAAAGCGUCCAAAUGUAAUGAAAAAGGUCCAAGAAGAGGUAAGGAAUGUGGUGGGAAACAAAUAUAAGGUGGAUAUGGAGGAUAUCAAUAAAAUGAAGUACUUAAAAUGUGUGCUCAAAGAAACUUUAAGACUGCAUCCGACUGUUCCUCUUCUUGUUCCUCGACAAACAUCUGCAAGUGUUGAAUUGGGUGGCUACCACAUUCCUUCCAAUAUCACCAUCUUGAUAAAUGCAUGGGCCAUUCAAAGAGAUCCCAAAUGGUGGGAAAACCCAGAAGAGUUCAUCCCAGAGAGGUUCGAGAAUAGCUCCAUUGAUUUCAAAGGUCAAGAUGUGCAGUUCAUCCCAUUUGGUUUUGGAAGGAGGAGCUAUCCUGGGAUGUCCUUUGCAGUUACUGUUACUGAGUAUGUGAUGGCUAAUCUUUUGUAUUGGUUUGACUAGAAGUUACCUGUGGGCGAAAUUGCUGAGAACUUGGACAUGACUGAACUCAAUGGCCUAACAAUCAAUAGGAAAAACCCUAUUCAUGUUGUACCUAUAUCUCAUUUCACUUUUUAGAUAUUAUAUAUUGGCUAUGGUUAAUUUGAGUCUUUUAGCUCUUUCUUUAUGGAGAAGACAAUGUUACUAUCUUUGGUUCUUGUUGUACUAAUGCAACGAAUCCUUAUCGUGUGCAAGUAAUCAAUAUAAUAAUUCAAGUGACAUUUUACAAA